GCCAGUCGGCCGUACCGCGCCGUUUUCCUUGCCUACGUUCGCGCGCUACGCUCUCCUCAGUACGUCGUAAACUGUGCAACGCGAUACAACAGUCACCGCGUACAAUACGCUUGUUUUGCUCGUUUUCGUUUAUUUUUUCUUUUCAUUAAAAGCGACGUAACAGUGACCCACGUUACCUCGCGCUAUGUGACGGACAUCACGGGGCACCGCGGUGUGUACGCCCCCCUCCCUUCCCCCCGUCUCUCGUACGUGUCUCGUACUCCUUUCUCGAUUGUAUUACCUACUCUCUCCUCUCCGCCGACUGUACUCCGAUCUCUCGCCCUUUACCGAGACCUACCCCACCUCCCUCCUUUAUCUCCUCUCCCGCGGUAUUCCCCCCUCGUUCCUGCCCUUUCCCCCCUUCUCCUCCUUCGUCCGCCGCCCCGUUGUGGAAAAAGAGAAAGACAUACUGCCUCGUAAGCGAUCGUAUAUUUGACGACAACGACGACGACGACGACGGGUAGGCAGCCACGAGGAAGGCCUCGUGGAGAAGCGUAACCUGGAAGAAAGAUGGAGUGCCCGCACCUUGCUCAGAGCGUGCGUUUUGGCGAUGACAACGCGGAGGGUUCGAACUGUGCUGUGAAAGAUCUGCCCUUCGUUUGCACAGUGUGUGGAACUGAGAAGAGUCCCUGGCUGUGUCUGCACUGCGGUGCCGUGUAUUGCGGACGAUAUGUAGCGGGCCACGCAUUGCAGCACUACGAGACCAACACUCAGCAUUGCGUGUGCAUAGACUGCGAGAGUCUGGCGGUAUUCUGUUAUACUUGCGAUGAGUACGUGGUGAACGACACCACGAGUGGUCAGAUCGAGAAGAUACGCCGCGUGACUUUUCGCAAGGAGGAACACAAGGAGAAUGACGAGAGCUGGAGCACGUCGCCGUCCACGUCGCCGCCGUCCUCGAGAAGACGCGACAGCGACGGCGGCGGCGGUGGCGGCGACGAUCACAGCGAAGACCCGGACGCUCUGUGGAAAGCGGAGGUGGUCGUGAGAAAUCUGAGGCCGAGAACGUCGCGCAAAAGGUUACACUCGCUCGACGCAAGCAGCGCGGACAAUCGGCCGGCCAAGAGGCGCAGUUCCAAGAGUACCAAAGAGAAAAAGGUCGUCGGCCUGAGGAACCUCGGUAACACCUGUUUCAUGAACGUAGUGCUGCAGUCCUUCAACAACAUCAGCCAUUUCUGCGAGUACCUCACACAGAUGCCGUGUCUUGAGGGCAUCGCCUUUGACGAGUCCACCGGGCCGCCCACGCAUCGCGGUCGCAUCGUUACGCCGGGUCGCGCGAAGGAGAUGUCCAUGAGCGACGCCCUGCUCGCCGAGGAGCUCCGCAAGGUGCUGCUCGGUCUGAGUCUGGGCGGUUCUAACGGUCAGGCGAUCUCGCCCGAGUGCCUGUUUCUGGCCAUCUGGAAGGUCGUGCCGAGAUUUCGGGGCUAUCAGCAGCAGGACGCCCACGAGUUCCUCACCUACAUGCUCGACCGGUUGCACACCGAGUUGCUGCAACUGUUGCCCAGAUUGGGACACGAACCGUUGGGAUUGCGCGGCAAGCAGAGCAUCGUCACCGCCGUGUUUGGGGGCACUCUACUUAGCGUGGUCCACUGCAUGAACUGCCGUACGGACUCGAAGACGCACGAGCCUUUCCAGGAUCUCUCGCUAGAUAUACCGGACAGGUUGCAGCGAACCAGAGCGAAGGAACAGGAGGAAGUAUGCAGUCUGAUUUACAGUCUGACGCGAUUCUUCAAGGUCGAGGAGUUGGCCGAUAGCGAGCUCUAUUUCUGCGAUAAUUGCAUGGGCAAGCAGAGGUCCACCAAGAGGUUCUGGAUACACAGACUGCCUAACGUGUUGUGCCUUCACAUUAAAAGAUUUAGGUGGUGCAAUUCCUAUCGCUCGAAGGUGGACACGCAGGUGGAUUUCCCGAUGGAGUCCCUCGACAUGUCCGCGUUCACUGUGCGCGGCGUGACCGGGACGAGAUUGGGCGCUCAGAAUAGUCACCUUUAUGACUUGGCUGCCGUUAUCGUGCACCAUGGUUCCGGUGCCGGUACUGGACAUUACACUGCCUUCGCCGUGCAUGACGGCCAGUGGUUCCACUUUAACGACAGCUCCGUUCGGCCAGCAACUACCGACGCUGUCGCUAAGUGUAAGCCUUACAUCCUCUUCUACGUGCGGAGAGAAUUCUCUAUUCCACCCCCUUUGUGACGUCGUUUCUCCGACAAGAAGUCCCGUCCUGGUAGUGCGAGCUUCGAUGAUGAUGAUGACGACGACGACGAUGGCGACGACGACGUCGAUGAGGACGCGAAGAGAACGAAGGAGAACUGAACGAAACGUUCCUUGCGAAUCUCGAAGCGAAGAAACACGAAAGCGGAAGAAGCAAAAGAGAUCGCCAGAUUUGCGUCUCGAGCGCCUCUGAGAAAGCGAAGAUUCGUCCGCUUAUCGCACUUAUGUAUUUCGCGAUUGCUCAUUGUUGCCAAAUCGUACGAUCUCGUUUGAAACGUAAUUUGUUCGCUAUCGCGCUUUAAUCAAUCGCGACGUCGACCUUUGAGACGUGAGUUAGAAUAAUCGGCUACAGAUAUAUCUAAUUGCGUCGCGUAUAAUAAAUUAAUCAAGCGCGUUCUUUCUCGCGCUGUGCGCUGUGUGUGUGUGUGUGUGUGUGUGUCCACAUAUCUUUCUUCUGUUAAAUAUGUAGUUUUUUUUUUGAAAAAAAAGAAAAGGAAUUUUUUUUUUUCGUUUAGAUUGUCUUUCUUUCUGUCUUUUUAUAAGAUUGUAGUCUCUCAAUGUGAAACUUUAUUCGAUAAGAUUUUUAUAGUAAAGUCACAUCCGAUUGUUCGGUCAGCAUAUUUAAGCAGAUAUGCAUGACGCCCAAUAAGUUGCUUACGCUACUAGGAUGCGCAGAUAAGACGAAAGAAAGACUGAGACACACAGCUGUGUGAUGCGUGUAUGAUUGACGCGAGGCGCGCAUGCGUAUCCGUGUCAAUGUACGUAGCACGCAUGCGGCGCACGAGUACGUGGAGAUGCGCGAUUGCAUAUGCGAGGAGUGUGCUGGCGGGCGAAGCUUCCCUACCUUUCUCGAUGACGACAACGGCGGAAAGAACAAGUAGAGAAGUGCGAGAUGAAGAGAAAAGGAGAUAGGGAUGAGAGAGAGAGAGAGAGAGAGAGAGCGCUCGAGGUGUGGAUCGCGGAAACGCAUUUGCCUUUAGCGUCGAUUUUCUUACUUUACUCUCUUACUUAGCGGGCGUCGACCGCUCCUUCCCCCUUUUGCUGUCCCGUUUUCCCUGUUCGGAUCGAUUAAAAUGCCCUUUUCUCGCGCGGUAGCGGAAUGACGCGGAUCUCGCGUUUUCCUCAUGUGUAGUCCUUAAAAAAAAAUAAAAACGCGAAAAACGACUGGUCUUCUCGGUAGAUAGAACUUUUUCUAGGCUUAGCGCGCGCGCGCGCGACAUCGUUGUUUCGAGAGAGAGUUGAUGAA